UUGAUUCAUUUGUAUGUUUUUGUUUCUUUUUUGGUUGUCAGCAGUCGGAACUCGGAAGCUGGACCCAGAUUUCUGAUGGAGUCGCUCUCCUCCGCCGCCGCUUCGGGGCGGUUCCCUUGCUUCUCCGGCGCCGGGAUCGAUUCCCGCCGUGCGAAUCCAAUCGGUGAAAUCAGGGUUUGCAGCGGCAAGGAUCGCGAGGGAUAUGCCAGAUCGAGGGUGUCUCGCGGCGUUUUGAGGUCCGAGUUUGGUGAUGAUGGACAUGUGAAGUAUUACGGUGGGAAACCUCGGUUUGGUUUGAACAAGGAGGGGAGGAAGGAAGGUGGGAAUGCGGAGAUUAAGAAGAAGCUGAAGAUGUCGAAGGGAUUGACGAAGGAGGAGGAUUUUUCUGAGUUCUAUUGGAUGGAACGUCGUGGUGGUGGUGGUAGUGGUGGAGACGGUGAGGUUAUCGAAGGUCAGGAGAAGCCAAUCUCGGAAGCAGCAGAGGUUUUGCUGAAACAACUUGAACAGCUGAAGGCAGAGGAAAAGGGGCUGAAGAGAAAGAUAAAAGAACAGAAGGCCAAGCUUAAAGCGGAGCGAAAGAAAGUUAUGAUGGAUUCGGAGUCGUCGUCGUCGUCCUGCUCCUCGGAAUCAAGUGACAGUGAGUGCGGAGAGGUGAUUGACAUGGGCCGCCUGAGGACGGAAGUUCUUGCGAAAGAAGAGGGCAACAAUGCCGGAAAUCUGGCGUUGCCAAAUGGUGUUCUGUACCGCGAGGCAACGACUGGCUUUCCUAGCGAUGUUGCAGCCAAUGGUGCGGUGACAAAGAGGAUCGAAGUUUGCAUGGGUAAGAAGUGCAAGAAUUCAGGAGGACCGGCGUUGUUGGAGGAAUUCAAGAAUUUGGUUGGGGUCGAAGGUGCUGUUGUUGAAUGCAAGUGCCUGGGCAAGUGCAGGGAUGGCCCUAAUGUGAGGGUCUCGAAUAGCUUGGGUGAGAAUCAAGCUCCUGAAGCGGAUGAUUCCGUCAGGAUUCCGGCGAAUCCUCUACUUAUCGGGGUCAGUUUGGAAGACGUCAAUGCUAUAGUGACCAAAUAUUUAGGGAAGGACGAAAAUCUGGAGUCGAAUGUGGCAUAGUCGCUGUGCUGGAUGAUUUGCUGUAUAUGCACUGGCAUUCAAGGCACAAUUCAGUAAAUAUGUAUUCUAUCUUAAGCUAAGAGUGUCUGUUUUUGUUGUAAGGUCUCUCGCUCUGUUUCUUUACGCAUCCACCGAGUGCAGAGGUCCCUCUAUAAUGUUUUCUUUGUGGGGAUUUGACCCAGUCGUAAUUUCCUUCAUUUGACAUAUGCAUACUGGUGGACAAAUUCAUAUGGAUUACUGAGGAAAAUAUGAUCGCUCUA